AUGUGCUGUGAUCAGGGAAAUCAGAAGCCUGCAUGGUUGGAAGCUCUAUAUGUGCAGAAUUUUUUUGUGCCUUGCUCAAUUCAUGAAACUGCCAAGAAAAAUGAGAAAAAUAUUUGCUGUUUGGAUUGUUGUACAAGUAUUUGCCCUCACUGUGUUCUUUCUCAUCGCUACCAUAGACUUAUGCAAAUUCGACGUUACGUGUAUCACGAAGUCCUUCGAUUAGAAGACCUGGAGAGGCUUAUCGACUGCUCGAAUAUUCAGGCCUACACUAUAAAUGCUGCAAAAGUGGUGUUCAUUAAAAAAAGACCUCAAAACAGACAGUUUAAAGGGUCUGGAAAUUAUUGCACUUCCUGUGAUAGAAGCCUCCAAGAACCCUAUAUCCAUUGCUCUCUAGGCUGCAAGGUUGAUUUUGUUCUUAAACACUACGAUGGCCUGUCUCCCUUCCUAAGAGUCUGCAAAACUUUGCAACUUAGUCCAGAUGUCUUCAUCCCUCAAGAUAUAGGAGAUGAUGAGAUGACAAACGAAACCCAACAUUCUACGAUUGUAGACUGUACUAUCGAAGAUCAUGAUCAUAAUUCUUCAUCAGACGGCUCAGAGAACACCAGCUUCGUUUGCACUGAUUAUGUCAAAAAGAAGAGAAGCACUGGAUUAUAUGUCUGUGGAAGAUUAGUCGAUAAGAUAAUUACAGAAGAGGACAUGGCUACAAGUAUGAUCAGUAGAAGAAAAGGGAUUCCUCGUAGAUCACCCCUGCGUUAG